UUUGAGUUUCUCUUGAUCAUGGAACCAUCUCUUCUUCUUUUCAAUCACUCCAAAGGGCUUGUCCCAUGAUGCCCAUCCAAUGGCACAGAUUAGAUCUUAAAGCUUCUUCGAUGAUGUCAACUCAACGGCCCAGAUUAGAUAUCAAGCCCAUCAUUAACAUCAAGCUUGAUGAUUAUACUAGUAAGCGGAUUCGGGUAGUUGCCCAAGCGGAUCCAGAUCCGAGAAGAGAAGCGGAUUCGGGUGAAGAGGAAGAAAGGAUUGAAGAGAAGGAAGAGGAGCUGGAGAGCUUGGAGGGGGAGGCCAUGGAGGGACAUGAUGAUGGGCGUGAACCGUCGGAUUAUGAUCGGAGGGCUCAUAUCUUCGAUGAGAGCGCCAAAGUCUUUGAGGCUCUUCGCCGCCGUAGUUUCCACCCGGAUAAAGACGAUGACUGACGAUAGUUCCGGUGACACGUGAUAAUCACGUGAUGACUAGUGAAAAAUGCAAAAUUAUUAAUAAUAAUGGUAAUAAAUAAAUAACCUUUGUGUACCAGUCAGUACAUUUGAAUGCAGUGUUUAAAAGUAUUACGUAAUUUUGAU